AGCGCCAUUGAGAGCGAGAACACUCUCAGUGCCAAGACGAAGAAGGAGCGCUUCGAGGAGCAGAGUUGGGACUCACUGAAGUCGAGUCCCUAUUACGAAAUUCUGCGAGAGCAUAAGGACUGGCCACUGCCGCGGGAGCAAGUGAAGGCAAUCGACGACUUCUUCGAAAGUCGUCGCAAGGCAGGACAAGUGCGGGAAUCGAAGUCCCCGCACAGCGCACCGACGUUCUGUGUCAAGAAGCCACAGGGUGGAUGGCGCAUCGUUCAUGCGUACAACAAGUUGAACGAUGCGACGAUACCGGCACAGACGCCGAUACCUCGAAAAGAUGUCAUCAUCGAUUCGGUGUCUAAGAGUACCAUCUACAGUACUCUUGAUCCGAGAGAAGGGUUCUAUCGGAUCCUUAUGCGUGAGAGCGAUAUCCCUCUCACGGCGGUAAGCACUCCAAGCGGUAUGCUUUGGGAGUGGCUGGUAAUGCCGCAAGGACUGAAGAACGCCCCUGCGACCUUCAAUAGAUGCGUCACGCAUCUAUUACGCUCGGUGCGCGACUUCGCACCGAGCUACUUCGACGAUGUGUACGUUCACAGCCGGGCUGUGGACGAGAAGUCGGACAUCGAGAUGCAUAAGGCGCACCUCCGGAAAUUGCUUGGGCUCAUGCGCAAGCACAAGCUCUAUACGAACCUGAAGAAGUGCAUCUUCGGUGCGAGCGAGAUACCCGUGUUAGGGUGUCUCGUGGGGAAACAUGGCGUACGUAAUCAAUGA